UGAAUCAAACAGACUGAAAGCUAAAAAACUGUCGAAAGUAUUUCUUUCAGUUAACAAAUUAAAGAAGCUGUUAUCUAAAAUGUUUUAUUAUAUUAAAACUCUAAUAUUUCUAACAUUUCUCCUGGCUUUUGUGCAAAGCUUGAGUGUACCCAUAGACGUUGAAGACAAAUGCCUGGCUGAAAAUAACAGUACCAGAUUGAGUUUAUAUGAUCAAAUAAGUCGAGCAAAAAGUGACGGACACUUGGAAAAUAUCGAAAUGAAAUAUAUGUGUUAUGUGCACUGCGCGGCAGCCGAGAUGAACAUUUUGGACAGUAACGAUCAACUGGACAUUGAGUUGUUCCAGAAGAUUGAGCACUUGCAGGAGGAAAAUGUUGCAGUUAUCGAGGAGUGCAAUCGAGUGAUUAGCUUGGUCACAGAUAGGUGUAUUUAUGCCUUUCAAAUAUUGAUAUGUUAUAUCAAUAACAUUCGGUCAAUAAACUAUAUUAAUAUUGCGCCGGGCUUUCCGCAGAAGUAAACACCUUAAA